GCUGCGCACGGCGGGGCCGCCAUGAGCGAGCCGGGGCUGCGGCUGCUGCGGGACCGCGUCCGAGCCUUCCCCGACUUCCCCGAGCCCGGCGUGCUGUUCCGAGAUAUCAGCCCCUUGCUGAAGGAUCCUGUGGCGUUCAGGACUUUGAUUGAUCUUCUGGAGGAUCAUGUGAAGGCAUCUUUCCCUAAAAUCGACUUCAUUGUGGGCCUGGAUUCCCGUGGGUUCCUCAUCGGGCCCCCCCUGGCUCAGAGGUUGGGGAUCGGCUUCGUGCCCGUGCGCAAGAAGGGGAAACUCCCUGGUGCCACCCAGUCCAUCUCCUACAGCCUGGAAUAUGGCAAGGCUGAACUGGAGAUCCAGAGCGAUGCUGUGGAGCCAGGACAGAAAGUGGUGAUUGUGGAUGACUUGCUGGCAACUGGAGGUACCAUGUGUGCUGCCUGCGAGCUGCUCAAGAGGCUGAAGGCUGAAAUCCUGGAGUGCCUGGUGGUCAUAGAGCUGAAAUCCCUGAAAGGGUCAGAAAAGCUCAAUUCCAUCCCUUUCCACUCCCUGCUGCAGUAUGACUGAGGAGGAGCAGGGAGGAGGGAGCACUGGGAACAAAUCUGGGGCUUUAUUCCGUGACUCUGGAUGUCACAGGGGGUGGGAAGGGGUUAAACACGGGUUUUGAGCAUGGCCAGAUUCUCUUCAGUCCUAAAUUUCCCAAGCACUGUGUGGAGUGUAAUGAUCCCUUUUGGAGUUCAUCCUUUUGGGAAGGAACAGGCUGAUUUUUGGGGGGCUGGAGACCAAGUUGCAGCUUCACUGAAGCUGUGGUUUUUAGGAGACCAAAGUGAUGACAUUGCUGCUGAGGCAGGAGAGCUCUGACAGGGCACCAGCAUUCCCUGGGCUCCAAGGAACCUGCUAAAAAAUUCCCAAAGAACAAAAAGCAAUUAUUUCUGUAAGGGACAAAUCCUGCUGUGUCUGACCUCAGGAGGGGUGGAUGCUCUGUGCUGUCACACACAGAACAAGCUGCUCUCACACCAGGGCUGUGCUUGUUGAGAAGUGCCUGCUGUGUCCUUAAAUCAGGAUGGUGCUGGGGUGGAUGAAUCUGUUUUCCUUCCCUGGAGACCACAGGCACCUUCUGUUCAGCACCACUCCUGCACAUCCCAGUCCCUGUGCUGCUGCUUUCCCCCUGCUGGGGGGUUCUGGGCCAGUUCAGAGCCUGCUCUUGCUGGGGUUUGGUGCAGGUGAGGCCACAGGAGGUGUUGCAGUGGCCUCAGGUGUGUGAUGGGUGAUGGGGGUUGGAGAUGCUUCCUCCAGCACACUUCAGUUUGGUCACAGCUAAAUCCUCGUGUGCCAAAACUUCCACAAGCCUGAGAACAUCAGGGAUUGUGUCCCUGGCCCAGCAGGGACUGGACUCACGGGUAAAAUAAAUAUUGACGUAUUUUUAUGUUUCCUAAA